AUGGCCGAAUCUUCAAAUAAACUUGGCCUUUGGGGUUCCUGUGCUUACUGUAUGGGAGGAAUGAUCGGAUCAGGCAUUUUCCUGUCUUCUUCCUCCAUCCUCAAGUUCUGUGGCUCUUACGGGAUCUCUCUAAUUGUUUGGGCGUUAGCCGGAUUGAUUACUGUAAUGGCGGCGUUGGUUUAUUUGGAAAUGGGAACUUCAAUACCCGUGAAUGGAGGUGGCUAUGCUUAUUUGACAAGGGCUGGAUGGUAAGGAGAGGUCUGCCUUAAUCUUAUAGUACAUUCUUUUUAAAAGUGCCGUGUUUCAGGCAUCCCCUGGCAUCUUCCUUUUUCUGGCUGGGUACCUUCUUCACAUAUCCCUCAACCUUGGCCGCUUUGAGCGUGGGCGUGGCCGAGAACGUGGCCAAGGGGCUUAAAAUCCUAUUAGAAUACGAUGACUUUGUUGAAAAUUUACUGCGUAUGAUCCUGGCGGUGGGAAGCAUUUGCAAGUUUGCCUCUCCAUAUAGUUUAUAAUUACAGUAUUCGUUUCCUUCUUAAAUCUUGGCAAAAGCAUCAGAUUCCAAGCAAGUGUAACCUCUGCCAAAAUAGUAGUAAUUGUUUUGAUCGUAAUUAUUGGGAUUGUGUAUUUAUUCCAAGGGCAUACGCAAGUUUUCGAUGAUUUUAUGAAUGGCUCUGCCAAUGAUCCGUUGGACAUCGUAAUGGCUGUUUACAUCGGUCUGUUCUCUUAUAGUGGAUACGAAGUGUUGAAUGUGGUGAUGGGAGAGAUACGAAGACGAGUGCUGUGAGCUUUUAAACAGUUGUUACAGUAUUCUCUAGAACAACUUUCAUAGCUGGCACCGGAACUGUGCUUGUGGUCAUGUUUAUUUAUCUUACGGUUAAUGUUUCCUACUUUACGGUUUUAAGCAAAAAAGAAAUUUUGGGAUCGUCUGCCGUUUCAGUGGUAUGUUUGCGUGUUAAUUUUAGGAAUUUUGAAGGCAUUCUUCGAUGAAUCUCUCCAUUUUAUUGGAAAAUAUGUGCCUUUUAUUGUCAGUUUCCUACUUCUGAGUAACUUGAAUAUGGUAAUUUUUGGAGCUGGACGGUAAGAAUAUUAUCCUCUUGAAGUGCUCUUUAAUUAAGGUUCAUGGCAACUGGAGCCAAGAAUAAAGUUAUGCCGGCUGUUAUCGGCUACACCCAUAAGGCCUCAGGCAGUCCUCGCUUGGCUAUUUUAAUCCAGAUGUUGAUAUCUAUUGGACUCAGUUUUGUUAGCGAGCUCUCCACGUUGAUCUCGUACAUGUCUUUUGCUGAAGUGUUGGACAGAUUCAUCGUGCUCUCAGCUUUUUUGUACAUGAGAUAUCACCAGUUUAAAUUUGCGGAAGAUGCCUUCCGUAAUCCCAUUCUCAUCAUCGUUAUCUACCUUGCAAUUUGUGGUGGAUUGAUUUGUUUACCAAUCUACAGAGUUGGUCAUCCUUUGACUAAAAAAACCAAACUUACUUUAGGGACUGACAGCUGCGUUGAUCGCCCUUUCAAUUGUAUCUGCGGGCAUCGUUCUGUAUUUUACAUUAUCCUUUAUCCGAAGCAAGGGAUUACUUCCGCAGAUAUCUCAAAGUAAACAAAUAAUUUAUUUCUCUUUUAAGUAAUACUUUUCAGACCACAUUCUACUGAAGAUAUGUUCCACAUUAGAUAUAAGCGAAAAUAA